UUCAUUAGUAACGAAAUAGAAAGCAAAGGCUGAGUGGAGACGAGAUCAUUAAUUCUUGAAACCAACUUGAUAAAAGGCACAUUAUGUAGAAUCUCGACUCUUUCCUUUUUUUUUAAUUUUUAAUCUAUUUAUUAUGGCAGAUAAAGCUCUUUUGGAUAUAGCAGAAGAAGAACAGGCUAGCCUUGUUCAAAACACAAGUUCUUCCAACCUCAAGCAACUUGAAGACGUCCUUAUGGACGACUCUCACGCGCUUCCUAACAUAGACGCGACAACAAUAGAUAAUGAAAUCGAGGAUUCAAAAAAAGAACAUCCUUUAGCUACAAUUUCAUUAGAAGAAGAUCCUUGGGCUGGUGAAGACAAUACGAAUGAUUUGCUUGAAUUAAACCAGAAAGACGAGCUAGCUGUAACAAGUAAUGUAGUAAAUGAAGAUAGUCAAGCAGAAGAAACAGUUCAAGGAGAUGAAGUCAUACUUGAUAAAGAUACAUCAGCUAUAAAAGGUUUCCAAAAUUUCCAAGAUAGCGAUAAAAUUGAUGAUCUCAAGGUAUCAGGCCGCCUUCCUGAAUGGUUGACGGGUGAAUAUUUCACUGUUGGCCCAGCUACUUAUGAUAUCAAGUAUUCCCGCAAAGUCGAAGUAGAUGGUGAAUUGAUUAAUGCUACAGCUAUCUAUACAUUUGGUCAUUGGUUUGAUGCGCUUCCACUUGUGAGUCGAUUCGAUCUAAAUGGUUCAAGAAACACAGUGACAUACAGAAAUAAAUCUACCAGUCGCAGACUUGUUGAAAAGAUUCGAGAACAUCAUGGUUUUGCGCCCCAACAUCCUGCUGGUCUUUUCAUGUCCAAUACAAACCAAACUGUGCUUUCUAAAUUUUUGGGAUCAUCCAAAGUAAUCAAGCCUGAUGCUGAACCUUGUGGCGCACGUGUGCUCGCCUCUAUUCCUGGAUUGGAAGGAAGGUUAUUUGCUCAAAACUUUGCCCAUCAUAUUCAAGAAUUAGAUCCUUUUGACUUAAAACCUAUACGUUUGUUUACAUGGAGCGAAAUUAACCCUAAAUUCAAAGGCACAAGCUCUUGCCCUAAUGGUCAAUAUGAUUCACGCACAGGAGAAUACAUCAACUUCACACUUGAAAUAGGCUAUCAAUCAGUUAAAUACAACUUCUUUUCUAUCAGUGACAGAAACCCAAAGGGAUCUGUGAUUGCUUCUAUUACAGCACCUAUGGCCUAUGUCAACACAUUCUCUAUCACACCUAGAUAUAUUCUCUUUGUAAUUCAUCCCAUGCUUGCUAAUUCAGGUGGUGUCAAAUUCAAUUGGAAUGAAAGCAUCAUGGAUUCAUUUUCAUUCAACUCUUCGGAACCCACCUUAUUUUACGUUAUUUCAAGACAAAAGGGUGAAGUUGUUGCCACCUACCGAUCUAAUCCUUGCUUCAUUUUUAACCAUAUCAAUGCAUUUGAAGAUGAUCGAGGUAAUGUCUUUUUAGACAUGAUUUGCUACCCUGACGAUACAAUUGCACGACAAUUGGCAACUGAAUUUUUGCGCAACCCAGACAAGAUGGAACCGUCAAGAUUAGUUGCUUCUGAAGUGAGAAGAUAUAAGCUCACCAACAUUGAAGAAGAGUCCAUCAAUUACAUGGCCAACAAUGGUCUGAUUCCUUCCAAGAACAGUGUGUCUACUCGUAUCUCAUCUGUCUUUGGUAUGUUUGGAAACAAUAAGCGUUCUUCACUACCUCAAAGUGAAGCCUAUAGCGAAAAUGCAAAGAAAUGGUAUUCUUGGAUGCCAAUUGCUUCCUUUGAUAAGCGUGUACAGCCUUCAAUUGAAUUGCCUCAAAUCAAUCCUAAAUUCAAGAUGCAAAAAUACAGCUUCAUGUAUGGACUUGGUUUCUCCGCCUCGAAUGCAUUAAAAGACGGUGCUAUUUGGGACAGCAUUGUCAAGACAAAUAUGGAAACAAAGCAAAUUGUAGCUUCUUGGCAACAGGAUAAUUGUUAUCCUAGUGAGGCUAUCUUUAUACCAAGACCUGAUGAGCAAGUUGAAGAUGUAGGUGCAUUGUUGAGUGUUGUAUUGGACUCUGCAAGAAAGAGAUCGUUUUUGCUUGUUUUAGAUGCUUCUUCAUUUCAAGUAUUGGCAACGGUUGAUCUUGAAAGAAUAAUGCCAAUCAGUUUUGCUCAUGGCUCUUACCGUCUUCGAGAGGACAAUUAAAAGGCGUCAUUAUUAUGCUAUCCUUCAACGUCAUUUUUUCUAAAAAAAAAAAAAAUACAUUUAUUUCGAGUAACAUUAUUAUCAAUACUUUGAUCCCUCAGGUACAAUAGUGCCAAGCAUUAAGUCAUUAUAGAGUUUUGCAUAAAUCCUCAUGCCUAUGUGAAACAAAGAUUGGUGCAAACUUGUUAAAAUCAAGCAGAAUUAUAUAAUACGAGUUGAUUGGAUAAGCAUGUUUGACAAAUGAUAUCAUGAUUAUUGUGUUUGUAUUUUCUAUUUAAAAAGCAUUUCUAUUUCU